CGAUGGCUUCAAUGUUGUGAACGUGAAUUACUUAUUUUCAUAAUACAUAUGUGUUUACUCGACAAUUUUUAUUACUUUUCGCCGAUACACCUACGUCAUCGCUACCGUAACAUAAAUUCGUUCAACUGACUUGUAUUACGUCGCGAAUUCAAGACGAAAUGUCAUAAAUAUGUGGCGCGCGUAACGGAUGCAUCGUUUCCUACAUUCCUUUGCCAUAAACGAAACGUAACGUUUAUUUCCUAUGUGAUGUUAUUGCUAAGUGGCGGCGGGUAGCUCAGGAAGAUGCCUUUCAAGUUGAAGUUGAAGAAGACGCGGCAGUAUAAUGUAGCGUCAAAGAGCUUGUUUGUGAUAAGUGUGGAGCUGCUGGAUGGCGGGGUGGCGGACUGUACGCUGUCCGUGGACAGCACGGGGCAGGAGUGCCUCGACAACGUGUGCCAGCGGCAGGCCGUCAUGCAGCCCGAGCUGUUCGGCCUGCGCUACGUCAACCGCAGCCAGCAGCCGCGCUGGGUGCAGCUCGAGCGCCCGCUCAAGCGCCAGCUUGAGAAGUAUGCGUCGUCGCACCAGCUGUAUCUGCGAGUCAUGUACUAUGUGAUAUCAGGAACAAGCUUGAUCACUGAUGAAGUCACCAGGUACCACUACUUCCUGCAGCUGAAGAAUGACUUAAUAGAGGGCAGGAUCAUCUGUGACUGCCAGCAAGCAGUGGUGCUUGCAUCAUACAGCAGGCAGGCAGAGUAUGGUAACCAUGACCGGGAGAGGCAUACUGUUGACUACCUCAAGAACUUGCUCACAUUCCCCAAGCAAAUGCUAGAUGGUGGACAGAUCAUAGAUGGGAGUACUCUGGCAGAGACUGGGCGACUGGAGUGGCUGACUGAGGCAGUCAUACAGCACCACAUGGCCCUGCACAACAUGUCACAGGCGCAAGCAGAAGAAGGUUUCAUCACGACGUGUCAACAGCUCCGCGGGUACGGACAGGAGAUGUUCAGCGCCCGCGACCAGCUCAACCAGAGCGAGGUCACCAUCGCCAUCUCACUCACCGGCAUCCGAGUGCUCACGGAGACCAGCGAGACUCCUCAUUUCUACAGAUGGAUGGACAUAACGAACGUGAUAAACCACAAGCGCACGUUCAGCAUAGAGUGUCAGAAGCAGACUGGUUCAGCUUCCUUCACGCUGGCCAGCCCCGAGGACGGGAAGUACGUGUGGUGGUCCUGCGUCCAGCAACACACCUUCUACAUGAAGCACCAGAGCGCGCUCAGUGAAGCUCCUCGAGAUGAACAUAGGCCUAAGUUCCAGGAGCACGGUCUGUCGGACAGUCGCGAGGAGCUGGACGCGCGCGAGGUGGGCAGCAUGUCCCGCCUGGAGCCGCUGAGCGCGGCGCACCGCGCAUACUCCACGUCCUGUCUGGAGCUCGCUGACCAGCAUCAUCUGCAGCACCAGCCACCGCCGCUGCCGCAGAACAGAGCGCUCCUCCCGUCGUACCGGCCGGCCCCGGACUACGAGACUGCCAUACAACAGAAGUACCAACAACAACGAGCCGAGGCAGCGCUGCGCUACGGACGGGCCACCAAGCCCUACGGGUCACACCCCGACAUACCGCGCAUGUACCCUGACGUCACGCGCCACACCCCCCGCCAGCCCGCAGACGACUACCCCUACCCCCUCAACUUCAUCGGCACCAACUACCCCUUCGCAGUCAACCCCAACGUACAGACCGAUCUCAACCAGCUCCACUUUGUCAACGUGUACAAGCCCCCGCCCCCCUACCCCUCCAACGGGCUGGCCUCCAACUCCACCCCCGACCUGGCCGUGGCCAGCCAGGCCCUCAACUACCACCGCGGGUACAUCAACUCGCACGUGUCGGGCUCCAGCCCCGACCUGGUCUCCACGCGCUCCGCUCUCAACAGGCAGUACUUAGGCUACAUCAAUACUAGUCACAUUAACUACGGACGGCCUAACGUCAUGCCUGGCACGCACGGGACGUACAACAACCUCGCCUCCGUCAUGGACCCCAAGCCACACAUCAUACUGGACCCCCACCAUAUAUCCGACAACAUACAGAAGGUGUACGACGAGCGAGGGAACAUCAUGUACUCCAUGCCCAUGCACAGGGUACCGUACCAGAGGCACGUCGUACUACCGCAGUCACAACAAAUCAAGCUAGGGGACACACAGGAACCUAUCUAUGAAAACGUACCGUUACCGUGGCAGAACGAGGGGAAGAUUACAAUGCGGGACCGUGCACAGAGUCUUACCACUACUGACGAGAUCGCGAGGCUAAACGAACGGAACAGUAGUCACCCGACGAUAAACAAAUAUUUGUCUCCGAAUAUAAACAUCCCGUACGGCCCUGUCAAGGUGGACAGUCCGGACAGUCACUACGUGAACGCGCAGGUAAUCAAAGGAGUGCGGGAGUCCAGCGUGCCCAAGGAGCUGUCGGCGUCGAGCCGGUCGGUGCGCGACGCGGAGUUCGAGGCCGUGGCGCUGGCCGUGGAGCGCGUGGCGCUGCGCGACGAGCGCGUGGCGCUGCGCGACGAGCGCGACGGCGACGAGACGCCCUACCAGAGUCUGUCCACGCACCGCGUCAGCAACAACAACACGAUCCACAAGGGAGAUAACGUCACCUCCAUACUAGUCGGCGACUCGCGCCCGAGCGCGCCGGACAUCAGUCUCAGCACGCCCGACACCACCAACAGUAGCAUGGACACGGACACUAGCAAGGCCAGUAGCAAGGAGAAGAAGCGGAGACGGUGGGGAGUGUUCAUGGGUCGCGCCAACAAGACGGAGGCCCGCAGCGCCACGCUGGGUCGGUCGAGGCCGGCGCCGCCGCCCCAUACGCAUCGUUGGUCUACCGGACUGCCUAAAUUCCAGCCACUGCCACCCAGCAUCACCAAAGAAACUAUGGUUCAAAUCCUAGAGCGCAAGAUGUCGGACGAGCAGCUAUCGUUUGCAUUCGAGCAGAUCCCGAAGGGCCGCGAGACAGGCGGGGACUUCCGCACCGCCCUGCUCCCUCAGCACGGCCCCCUCAACGGGUUCAGUGCCGACCACCUGCCGUAUGAAGACAACCGAGUUAGAUUACACCCUACGCCUAACAACCCACAUGGGUAUAUUAAUGCCUCGCAUAUCACUAUGACAGUAGGCAGCACUCAACGCUUCUACGUGAUAGCCAAAGUGGGUAACGCGGCCGCCAGCAGUAGCCCGGCGGCGGCGGCGGGCUGCGCCUGCGGCGGGGGCUGCGCCCUCGUGUGGCAGGCCGCCUGGCAGGUCGGGGCGCCGCUACUGGCGCGGGUCGCCGGCCCCGGCCACCCGCACUACCUGCCGCAUGAUAAUACUACUAAAGACUUCGGCAAGACAUUUAUUCAGGCAUUGGUGGAUAUGGAGGCAUUCCUGUCAGAAGUGAACAGCUUGCGCCUGGCGUGCGAAGCAGAAGCGGGCGCGGGCCGCGGCGCGGGNGGCGGCGGCGCGGGCGGCGCGCUGUACGGCGGCGGCGCGGGCGCAGCGCUCGUGCUGUGCUGCGAGCAGGGCGCGGGCCGCAGCGGGACGGCGCUCGCGGCGGACCUGCUGCACGAUAUACUCGAUAAUAAUCAGGAGCUGGACAUCCCUCGUACAAUAAGCAUGUUGCACCAACAGCGCGCCAACAUGAUACAGAACGUGCACCAGUACAAGUUCCUGCAUCAGUUGCUGCUGCACUACCUCAAGCAGUCGCGGCUCAUAUAGACGACCAUAUAACGACACAUAACGAAUCGACCUACAUAACAACACUAACGUAAUGUAACGACAGUGCUGCUUCAUACAAGUGUCCCGUGGACAUUAAUCAAGUGACUUCUGAUUACAUGAGAUUGACUAAUAUAAGUUUAAAAUUUAAUCCUAACAUUAUGUAUUAUCGAGUCAAUUUAAUCGAUAUUAUAAUUGUUGGACCUCUCGAUACUCGAUGUUGCUCAACUCGCCAGUUGUCAGAGCAUGCCUUACGCAAAUUAUAACAUAAUUUGGGCCUAAGGUUGAUUGAAAACAAUAUUGUAAUAUAUUAUGAACUUUAUACACAUAGAUGUAAGAUAUAAUAUCGAUCGACUGGAUCAUAGAUCUAUUACCUUGAGAUUUGUACGAUUGAUGACUGAGAUGACAAAAUGUUCCACCUUCAUCUAGUGAUUUUGUAUAUUGUGUAUUUAUUUAAUGUUUUAUAUUAAAUGAUGUUUGUAUAGAAAGUGAUUUUUAUGAACUUACAGAGUUUUUGUGAUUGUUGAAUGGAUUUUUAUAUGAUAUCCCUUUGUGGGUGUGUUUAAAUGAAUUUAUUUGUAAAUCAAUGAAAGUAUUAUUGUGUGACUGUGGGGCAGGAUGCCUGGUGUUCUUUACUGUUUGUUGUAUAUUUACAUACAAAUAACUAUUUAUAACUUGUUCAUGUCAAUUUAUCUACCGCUCAAAGAUCAUACACAAAGUUUCUCGUGGAUGCUAUUAUUUCUACUAUAUUUAUAUUAUUUCCCCUGUGGUGUCCUGCCUCACGCAACGAGUUACUUGUGAAUUGUAUUGACGUGCCUUAGUCAGAGAUUAUUGAUGAUCUGAUGUUUCUAUCGCGUGCCUUCUAGGAUUAUAUUAUAAGUUGUUAUUUGAGGGAUUUCAACAACCAUUGCAUGUUUUUAGACUAUUUCACCUUGCAAAAUAUUUGUUUCAUUACAUGGAAAGACAAUUUUUCUAAUCAUAAACCGUUUCUGAGAACUAGACAACUAUAUUGUUUAGUGUAAAAAAUUCAUUUAUAUUAUUUUUUAUUCGAAAUCAAUAAUUGAUAAGUAACAUAAAAACAAUUAUUAAGACUGCAUUUAGUAUUCUAAAAUGUCUGACUCCCUAUGAAAGGGUAUAUAAGAGUAGAUUUUGAUCAUAAUUUGUACUACACGAUGAAUUGAAAAUAAUCAAAUUAUUACAUACAUUGAAUGACUUAAAGUUCUAAAUAUAAAUGUGUACUACGACAAUAUUUUGUAAGGAAGAAAGAACAUACAGAAUAUAACAUGAGAUUGUUGAAAAUCUUCGUGAUGGCUGUUUUAUACCGUUCGUAAUUGAUGUGUCGACAUUGUCAGUCGCACAUGUAUGUUAUACUAGUAUUACACUAUAAAGUUGUUGAAAUUUAUUAUGAAAAUCUCUUCAGUAGGGCUUGACAGUGAGAUUAGGAUCCAUAGUUUAAUUGCUACCGAUGAAUAACUUAGAUUUUAUUGCUUUAUAUCUCAGUGUUUUUAUAUUUGCUAAAUCAAGUUUUUUUUUAUUAUAAUCAGUAGCAACAAAUCUUAUGACCUGACAAAUUAUCGCCAAUAUGUAGCCUUAAAAAUUGCAUAUGGUUUCACUGUCGAGCUCUGCCCACCCAGUGCAGAUUAGUGCAUGCAAUGUGUUCAUACUGUAUGUAUUCGUAGUUUCGUUUCUAGUCCGCCGGCAACUCCAUAUUAUUGUUAGUUUGUUAGCUUGUACAUUAAGCUUCAACUCGUUUGUAUGCACAAAUUAUUAUCAAAUAAGGUUUACAUCUUAUAGUCACUAAUGUGUUUUUUACAGAGGUAUUGUGUUCUUUUUGUGAUGUAUUUAUGACUAAAAACAAUCUUGGUAGGCCCAUUAUUGAUUUGUACAUACAUUUUAACUUUUUACGGACCCUAAAGAAUCAUUUUGGCUAUAAAACGUUCAUUUUAACCUUUACAAACUUAUCGCUGAAAUAUUUUUAACAAGACUUUAAUAAAUAUUAAAAAAUGUGUGGAUUUGAUCUAAAAUAUUUUGUGUGCCAAACUUUUAAUUGUAAUAUUAUUUUCUUUGGGGGACCCAGUACAGAAAUAAUGAAAUUAUUUUUAACUUUACUAAAAUACAGUGUUGUACUUGUACAGAUUCUGCCUUGAUCCUGCAUAUUAUAUAUUGCAGUUACUUCUACCAUAAUUCCAGUAUUGAUAUUUUUAUACACUGUGGAUAGUCCUGUCAGGCAUGAGUGCCGUGAUCUUCAGAUGGGAGUAAUAUUCAAAACUUCGUGAGAAGCUGACAAUAAAAUACUAAGAAACGUU